UCCCUCCCUCAUCCACACUCUCUAACAGCCAGCCUAUAAAAGUCAAAGCAACAUCAAAUUUGAGGACCGCAGAGAUAAACCCAGCAAGGCUUCUUUAUAAUUUAAUAUCCAUUUUAUACACAAGGACAGGAAACAUGGGCUGUGGAUGUUCAACAACAGCUCAGCUGCAGAAAAAAACUGUCUUUGAAUCUAAAAAAGCUGAUAAAAAGGUUUACAGGAUUCCUGCUCUUCUGUAUGAGAAAGGAAGUAAAACUUUAUUUGCCUUUGCAGAGCAGAGGAAGACUUCAGAUGAUGCCAGCGCAGAAAAGCUGGUUAUGAAAACAGGAAACAUCAAGGAGAAAUGCUGUCAGAAGACGGUUGAGUGGUCAGAGCUCAAACAGGUGGAAAAGGCACUUAUUAAAGGAUACCGUCCAAUGAACCCCUGCCCGGUGUAUGACAAGGUCAACAAUACACUUUUCCUGUUUUUCAUCUGUGUUGAAGACGGCAUCACUGAGAGUGACCAAAAAGAAAACUAUGACAACAGGACCCGUCUCUGCUACAUCACAAGUGAGGAUCUUGGAGAAACCUGGAGCGAUGUGACCGAUUUGACUGACAAACUGAGUGAAAUAAAAAAAUGGUCCACAUUUGCCGUUGGGCCAGGCCACGGGAUUCAAACAGAGAGUGGUAGACUGAUUAUCCCAGUUUAUGCUUAUACUCACUGCAAACCAAGUAGUAAACCAUAUGCACUCUCAUUGUAUAGUAAUGAUCAUGGUAAUAACUGGAAAUUUGGUGAACUGUUUAAAACAUUAUCAGUUGAGUGUGAAAUGGCUGAACUUUCCAAAGACCACAUCUACUGCAAUGCCCGUAAUGAAAAAGGCUAUCGAGUGGAAGCAGUCAGUGAUGAUAAUGGAGUUAACUUCACCAUUCUCGAUCCUGGAGACAAGCUUGUGGAAACUGUUUCCCCAAAAGCUAAAGGCUGUCAGGGAAGUGUGAUCUCCUUCCCAGCUCAACCAGAAGGUGACCCAAGCCAGAACCAAAACAAAUGGCUGCUGUUCACGCACCCAACCAGUAAGACAGACAGAGUUGAGUUAGGAGUGUAUCUGAACAACUCCCCACCUGAUCCAAAGGUGGUCCAGGGUUUGCUCCAUUGGAGCAAACCCUGGAUCAUUAAUAAUGGACCCAGUGGUUACUCAGACCUGGCUUACAUUGAUGAUGGCUGGUUUGCAUGUCUGUUUGAGUGUGGGCAGCAGGAAAUACAUGAGCAGAUAGCCUCUGUUGUCUUUCACUACAAGAACGUCCAGGAAGGCAUUGAAAAGAUGUCAAAUAACUGAAAAAAGAAAAAAAGUGUUUUAUAUGCCAUUUAUUGGUUUGUAUGUUCAAAUGAGAAAUAAAUAAUUAUAGUAGGAUCCUUUAAACAUCCAAUUUUUAUUGGUGAAUCUGAAUAUAAGAGUGUGAUUAAAUAUUCAGUGAUUAUCUUCAUAAACAUUAAGUGCUCUGUUUCUCUCUUAACGUAAUGUUAGUCUUGUAAUAAUGGUUGUGUAUGAAUGCAAUGUUAGCGUAGAAAAUAAAAGAUAUUUCUGUAAUAUUCACUCUUCU